AUGUCUGAAAAUAACAAAAAUAUUAACUCUAAAGACCAACCAUUAGAUCCAAGUGAUGACACGACACAACCCAAUCAUAACGAGAAUAUUCCUCUUCAGUGUCCCGUUUGUCACAACCAUAUCGACAACAGAUCUCUGACAGACACCUGUUUACACGAAUUCUGUUAUAACUGUCUGUUAGAGGCCUCGCAUACCAACAAUCGGUGUCCAGUAUGUCGUCAAGAGUACAAUAAUAUCAUUCAUAACAUACAGUCAGAGAACCACUUCCAACAAACGCCAAUAUCUCAUAAUAAUGACCGACAAGUAAUGCAAUUCUUGAUGAAUGCAAGACUCAAUCAAAUGCGUUAUCGUCUGAUUAAUGAUAGACAACGUCUUCAUCAGUUUACAAACAAUCUUCAGCGCAUCUCAGAUACAAACAAAAAUAAUAAUAAUAAUAAUAAUAAUAAUGGCAUUUCUGACACAGAUAUGCAAGAGUUGCAGAACUUUAACCAAAGAAAUAUUGAAUUCAAUAUACAAAUGAUGGCUAUUAUUAAUGAAAUGACUGAUGAUAUCUAUGGCACCGGAAUAUUAAAUCAACCGAUUCACCAUCAGGUCAUCAUUGGUCAACAAGUACUACAUAACCACAAUCAUCAACUUAAUCAUAAUAAUAAUAACAACAAUAUUGUUGCCAUUGAAUCUGAUGAGUCCAUCGAUAAUGACGACGACUUAUACCCAGUAGAAGAAGAUCAUCAAGAGUUGCCACAACACCAACCUAUGAAUGUUGAGAACAAUGUGGCCCAAGAAGUGGUACCAGAAGUUAGACAACAGCAAAGAGUUGUUAUACCUUCGAGUAAUAACAAUAUUUUAGAAAACACUUCUAAAACCAAUCAAAUGACUGACAAUUCAGGAAACAAAUCAAACGAUAAGUCCGAAGAUAAUAACGAAUCCAAUUCUGACUAA